AUUUCGAAAUGUGCAAUGCCAACGGAAGUCUGAAAACUCCUCCAUUGCGUUGUUGUUUUUGCUGAGUCCUUAAAUUUUCUAAACAGUCCCUACACACCACAAGAUGGGUAGGGAGGACAAAGCUACUUGGAAAUCCAAUUAUUUCCUAAAAUUAGUUCAACUUUUAGAAGACUACCCUAAAUGUUUCAUCGUCGGCGCUGACAAUGUCGGUUCGAAACAAAUGCAGCAAAUCCGUAUUUCCCUUCGUGGAAAUGCUGUGGUCCUCAUGGGGAAAAAUACCAUGAUGCGUAAAGCUAUCAAAGGUCACGUUGAGAGAAACCCAGCAUUGGAAAAGAUCCUUCCUCACAUUAAGGGAAAUGUUGGAUUUGUAUUCACUAGGGAUGAGCUUGUAGAAAUUAGAGAUAAACUUUUGGACAACAAAGUACGUGCUCCAGCUCGUGCAGGUGCCAUAGCACCAUUGCCAGUAGUCAUUCCAGCUCAGAAUACUGGUUUAGGUCCAGAAAAGACAUCUUUCUUCCAGGCCUUGUCUAUUCCAACAAAAAUUUCUAAGGGAACAAUUGAAAUCAUCAACGAUGUGCACAUCUUGAAACCCGGCGACAAGGUGGGAGCUUCUGAAGCCACCCUCUUGAAUAUGUUGAACAUCUCUCCUUUCUCAUAUGGAUUGGUUGUUGAACAAGUUUACGAUUCUGGCACCAUUUUCUCUCCUGAAAUUCUUGACAUCAAACCCGAAGAUCUUAUUGAGAAAUUCUUGGCUGGAGUUCAAAACAUUGCUUCCGUCUCUUUGGCUAUCAACUAUCCAACUAUGGCUUCUGCUCCACACAGCAUUGCCAAUGGAUUCAAGAACCUUCUUGCCAUUGCUGCUGCUACGGACGUUGAAUUCAAGGAAGCCGAAACAAUCAAGGAAUACCUCAAGGAUCCCAGCAAGUUUGCAUCUGCUGCUGCUCCUGCAGCAUCUGCCGCCCCUGUUGCAGCUGCUCCAGAGGCAAAGAAAGAAGAGAAAAAGGAGGAAUCCGAAAGUGAAGACGAAGAUAUGGGCUUCGGUCUUUUUGAUUAGAAACAUUUUUAUUGCAUUUGACGAAUCUUGACUGUCAAUAAAAAUAAAUAAAAAU